GCGUGUCGCCGUCAGGUGACUCGGGGAAGAUGGCAGCGUUGACAGUGGAGAACUUCGCCGCGCUCCAGAGCCUGUUGAAGGCCUCCUCAAAAGAUGUUGUCAGACAGCUGUGCCAAGAGAGCUUUUCCAGUUCAGCCGUUGGCUCAAAAAAACUCUUGGAUAUUACGUGUUCCAGCUUGUCUGUGACCCAGGAGGAAGCGGAGCAACUGCUCGGGGCUCUGCACCGCCUCACCAGGCUGGCCGUGUUCCGUGACCUGUCCUCUGCCGAGGAGAUCCUGGCUCUCUUUCCCGAGAAUUUCCACCAGAACCUCAAACACCUGCUGACGAAAAUCAUCCUAGAACACAUCUCCACUUGGCGAACGGAAGCCCAGGCAAAUCAGAUCUCCCUGCCGCGCCUGGUCGACCUAGACUGGAGAGUGGACAUCAAAACCUCCUCUGACAGCAUGAGCCGCAUGGCCGUCCCCACCUGCCUGCUCCAGAUGAAGAUCCGGGAGGAUCCUAGCCUGUGCGGAGACAAGCCCGCCGUCUCGGCCGUCACCGUGGAGCUGAGUAAGGAGACGCUGGACACCAUGCUGGACGGGCUGGGCCGCAUCCGAGACCAGCUCUCCGCCGUGGCCAGCAAAUGAGCCCAGCCAGCCGUUGCCCCCGCUGAUGGGGCCGGGGAGGGGCUGCCGUCCAGAAGGCUGGGCGGGUGGGGAGGAAGCAGCCCUGCCCCACGCCUUCUCCUCCCCCAUCUUUCCUCUUUCUGAAGCUGGCUGAGCCUCCAUGGCUGGAAGGUGUAACCAGUACUGUGACCUGUAAGGGGGACUCGGCUCCGGCAGCCGCCCCGCGUGGCUGACGGGAAAUCCAGGCCCAUGUGGUAGAGCUCAUCUAGCACGUUCCCUCCCAGCAGCAGGUGUGAGGUGGCAGUUUGAAACACAGGGAGGGGACCGGCAGUCCCGCUCCUCCGUCGGGGAAGCUGGCCGGGUCCCCAGAGUGGGGCCACUGCAGUGUGGCCCACCCCAGCCUCCACCCAGAGCCUCCCCGAGCCCCCUCCACCCUGUCAGCCCUCCUUCCGGCCUAGGGGGUCUGAAAGGGGGGCCGAUCCCCUCCUGCACGAAGCCAGAGGGCCCACCCUUGGUGCUGUGUCGCCGUUGCAGACUAAGCAGUGGGAAGGAUUGGAAAUAAAUAACAGUUCUAACAAC